UUUAGGAAUUUAAGUUUUGUUUGGUUGGUGAAUCUGGCGUGAGAAGUCUUGGAAGCUACACAUUGUUCAGUGAGUGAGCGGUAUUUGUCACAAAGGAUAAAAGGAAGGUUUUUAGUGGAAUAAUAGUAAUGGCUGAAGGAAAAAGUCCGGACGAUCUGGCAACAGCAAUUCUGCGCAAGAAGGAUCGUCCAAACAGACUUAUUGUGGAGGAAGCUGUUAAUGAUGACAAUUCUGUGGUUGCCUUAUCACAGCACAAGAUGGAUGAGCUGCAGCUGUUCCGGGGCGACACUGUGCUGCUAAAAGGCAAGCGUAGGAAGGAGACUGUGUGCAUCGUGCUGUCUGACGACACGUGCCCGGACGAGAAGAUCCGCAUGAACCGCGUGGUGAGGAACAACCUGAGAGUUCGCCUCUCGGACAUAGUUUCCGUGCAGCCUUGCCCCGACGUCAAGUACGGCAAGAGGAUACACGUUUUGCCGAUCGACGACACAGUUGAAGGUCUCACAGGGAAUCUAUUUGAAGUUUAUUUGAAGCCGUACUUUUUGGAAGCAUAUCGCCCCAUUCACAAGGACGAUGCAUUUGUUGUGCGUGGUGGAAUGCGUGCUGUGGAGUUCAAGGUUGUCGAGACUGACCCUUCACCAUAUUGUAUUGUAGCACCAGACACAGUCAUCCACUGUGAGGGUGACCCCAUAAAGAGAGAGGAAGAGGAGGAAGCCCUCAAUGCAGUUGGGUACGAUGACAUUGGUGGUUGCCGCAAGCAGCUUGCCCAGAUUAAGGAGAUGGUAGAGUUGCCUUUACGUCAUCCUAGUCUUUUCAAGGCCAUCGGAGUGAAACCUCCGCGUGGAAUACUUCUUUACGGCCCGCCAGGCACUGGCAAAACUCUGAUAGCUCGUGCUGUUGCAAACGAGACUGGUGCCUUCUUCUUCCUCAUAAACGGCCCGGAAAUCAUGAGCAAGUUAGCUGGUGAGUCUGAGAGUAACUUGCGUAAAGCUUUCGAAGAAGCGGACAAGAAUGCACCCGCUAUCAUAUUCAUUGAUGAGCUUGAUGCAAUCGCACCGAAGCGAGAAAAGACACAUGGUGAGGUGGAGCGCAGAAUUGUGUCUCAGCUUCUGACUCUUAUGGAUGGGCUGAAACAAAGCUCUCACGUGAUCGUUAUGGCUGCAACCAACAGGCCAAACUCCAUUGAUGGCGCACUGAGGCGUUUUGGUCGUUUUGACCGUGAGAUCGAUAUUGGUAUCCCAGAUGCGACUGGCAGGCUAGAAAUUCUGCGCAUCCAUACCAAGAACAUGAAAUUGGCAGAUGACGUGGAUUUGGAACAGAUCGCAGCGGAGACGCACGGCCACGUGGGGGCCGACUUGGCCUCGCUGUGCUCGGAGUCCGCCCUGCAGCAGAUCAGGGAGAAGAUGGACCUCAUUGACCUGGAGGACGACCAGAUAGACGCCGAGGUGCUCAGCUCGCUUGCCGUCACCAUGGAGAACUUCAGGUACGCCAUGAGCAAGAGCAGCCCCAGUGCCCUGCGCGAGACGGUCGUGGAGGUGCCCAACGUCACCUGGGACGACAUCGGCGGACUUGAGAACGUCAAGCGGGAGCUGCAAGAGCUGGUGCAGUACCCGGUGCAACACCCGGACAAGUUCCUGAAGUUCGGCAUGCAGCCGUCGCGAGGAGUGCUGUUCUACGGGCCCCCGGGCUGCGGCAAGACGCUGCUGGCGAAGGCCAUCGCCAACGAGUGCCAGGCCAACUUCAUCUCGGUGAAGGGCCCGGAGCUGCUGACCAUGUGGUUCGGCGAGUCGGAGGCCAACGUGCGGGACAUGUUCGACAAGGCCCGGGCGGCUGCCCCCUGCGUGCUCUUCUUCGACGAGCUUGACUCCAUAGCUAAGUCGCGGGGCGGCAACGUGGGGGACGCAGGCGGGGCCGCGGACCGGGUCAUUAACCAGAUCCUCACGGAGAUGGAUGGCAUGGGCGCCAAGAAGAACGUGUUCAUCAUCGGUGCCACCAACCGGCCCGACAUCAUCGACCCGGCCAUCCUGCGUCCCGGCCGCCUGGACCAGCUCAUCUACAUUCCUCUGCCGGACGAGAAGUCCAGGGAAGCCAUCCUGCAGUCCACCUUGCGCAAGUCUCCCAUUUCUAAGGACGUGGACUUGAGUUACAUAGCGAAGGUGACCCAUGGCUAUUCAGGUGCUGACCUGACUGAAAUUUGCCAGCGUGCUUGCAAGAUGGCCAUUAGGCAAAGCAUUGAGGGAGAGAUACGACGCGAAAGGGAACGAGCUAACAACCAGAAUGUGGCAAUGGAUAUGGAUGAGGAUGACCUUGUCCCAGAAAUUACUCGGGCACAUUUUGAAGAGGCUAUGAGAUUUGCCCGUCGUUCAGUGUCAGACAACGAUAUUCGUAAAUAUGAAAUGUUUGCCCAAACACUUCAGCAGUCAAGGGGUUUUGGUACAAACUUCAGAUUCCCAACAGCGAACUCCAGUAACCCGACGCAAGGAGGCACCGGCGGAGACCAGGGCAACUUCCAAGAUGACGGAGACGACGAUCUCUACAGCUAAGUCGUGGUUGAUCACAAGUGCGCCUGUUGUAAUGAGUGAAUUGUGUGACACAUGCUCCACCUCGAACUGUAUCACCAUUUACAUGUAUAUCAUAACUUUUAUUGUAUUAUUAAAUUAAAUUGAACUUGUGUUUAGUGUGAGCAGCAAAAGACCAACCAUUCAGUCCAAGCAGGGCUGAAAGUGUGCUUCAGAAACCGAAAUAAUAGGCUAGUGAAAGUAUGAUUUAGCACCACCUACGUAGUAUUUAACACGCAAUGAUUGUGUUUUGUUGCGGGGCUCACAUUUUGGCUGCAUGGUUCUUUUAAAUUUGGUCGUAACAGAUGCGUACGAAACUGUUGGUGUUAAAUAUUUUGCCUGGAUAUUUGGUUGGUCUGCCUUUAAUGUAUUGUACUCUUUCGAAAUAAAUUUACAGAAAAUCACAAA